ACGUGAACCAGCUUCCAGUUGAGAAUACCUCUGAUGCUGACAAAGAUUUCUACCAUAGCGAAGAAUAUAAUUUCGGCGGAACACUUUCUGACGAUAACGAUGAAGAUAACAGCGGACCAUUCAAAGAAGUGCGCCUACUGAUCAUACCAUCUUUUCAACAGCACAUUACGUCGCCACACAACUGUCCACUGAUAGACAUCGUAAGUCCACCCUUGAACAUCGAUUAUAACAGAUUCAAAUUUCGAAACACAACAGAAAUAUACACACAGACUAGAACAGGUCGUUACGUGGUGGCAAUGGGGCGGACCAUUCAAAGAAAUGCGCCUACUGACCAAACCAUCUUGUCAACGAAGCACUAG